AAUAAAAAUGAACACAAUACUUUAUUGCCUUUCGUUUGGCCUGAUUGUUGUAGCCAAAGCUCUUGGCAGUGAAUACAGAAUUCCAUUUAAAGGUCAAUGUCCACAAAUUAUUCCUUUACCCAUAAAAUUAUCACAUACAACUGCGUUUAUGGGAAAUUGGUAUCAAUAUGCCGUACAUCCCGAUUAUCUCCAAGACAAAUGCAUUAGACGUCAAUUUCAUGGUCUAGAAGCCUGGAAACAUUUGGCUCACACAGACAAUGAUAAGUUUAUAAUUCAAUAUUACUGCUAUGAGCAUACGAUACGGCAUAAAGGACGUCAACAUCUAAUUAACACAAUGGAAAUUUCAUUCAAGGAUCCAUUAGCAUAUUUGUCAAGGAACGUGAGCCAACUCCCACGACAAUUGCAACAAUAACAAAUGCCUUGAAGCGACACUUUAAAUUCCCGAUGCAUUUGCUUAAUCAUACGGAUAAUACAUUUUGUACGGAAUUUGAGCUCAAAGAGGCCAUGCUGAGAGCCUGAAUACUAAAUUAAGCAUCCCAAACUAUCGUUUUCUCACUUUUUCUAUAGACAAAUAAUUGAAUUUCCUUUAAAUAAAUCCUCAAGUAUUUAUGUA